CUCUCCUCCGGGGCUCGGGUAUUUAAACGCGGGGCACCGUGGCUUUCGCACUGCUCGCUAAAGGAAGGACACGCUUCUUGUCCAGGUUCGUCCACGGUUCUUGUCCAGGUUCGUCCACGGUUCUUGUCCAGGUUCGUCCACACAGCCGCUAUCAUGCCCAUCCAGGUCGGAGAGAAGCUCCCCUCAGUGGAGGUGUACGAGGGGAACCCCGAUACCAAGCUGUCCAUGGCUGAGCUGUUCAAGGGGAAGAAGGGGAUCCUGUUCGCUGUGCCUGGAGCCUUCACCCCGGGCUGCACCAAGACUCACCUGCCUGGGUUUGUGAGCCAGGCUGUGGAGAUGAAGGCGAAGGGGAUUGAGGAGAUCGCCUGCGUCUCUGUCAACGACGUGUUCGUCAUGUCAGCCUGGGGGAAGGAGCACGGCGCGGAGGGGAAGGUGAGAAUGCUGGCCGACCCUACAGGUGCGUUCACUCAGGCGGUGGAUCUCCUGCUAGAUAACGACCACCUCCUGGAAGUUUUGGGGAACAAGAGAUCUCAGAGGUACGCUAUGCUCGUUCAGGACGGGGUUGUGAAGAAGCUCAAUGUGGAGCCUGACGGACACGGCCUCACCUGCAGCCUGUCCAGCAGCAUGCUGAAACUGGUGUAGACUGGGAACCACUCUCCACACGCAGGCAGAGACCAGCACAGAUACACACACACUCCCCUUUGACUAUUCUAUUAUAUAAACCCUGUCCCGUCCCAUCCCUCCCCCUGUGUGUGUGUGUGAGGAUCAGUCUGGACUCUCCCUCUGUGUGUGUGAGGAUCAGUCUGGACUCUCCCCCUGUGUGUGUGAGGAUCAGUCUGGACUCUCCCCCGGUGUGUGUGUGAGGAUCAGUCUGGACUCUCCCCCUGUGUGUGUGUGAGGAUCAGUCUGGACUCUCCCCCUGUGUGUGU